AUGGUGGCUGAGGUCACCUGGGUCAGUGGUGCUGCAGGAGCGGCUGGCAUUCCAGUGAAGGAAAGGGUGAAAGUAUCUCAGAACUGGAGGCACGGACGCUGCCGGAGGGAGACGGUCCUGAAAUGGAAAUGCAAUUUGAUGCCCUGGAUGGAGCUGGAUGGCGAGUAUCUCUACCUGUCUCAAGCGGAGAACAUCCAGGCCUACCGGCUCUGUCCAGAGGGUACAGGUUUGCAGCGUCACCCUCAGGCUGUCUUCUCUGGCCACCAGGAGGACGUAUGUCGCUUUGUUCUUGUCAACUCCCACAUCGUCAGUGGAGGGGGAGAUGGAAACAUUGUCCUUCACAAGAUCCAUGGCUCCUACAGCGUCAAGUUCUCUGCGCAUGAACAGGAGGUGAACUGUGUGGACUUCCAAGGUGGCCUCAUUGUCAGCGGCUCCCGGGACAGAACAGCAAAGGUUUGGUCCCUGUCCGUGGGCAGAGUUGGGCAGUGUCUACAUACAGUGCAGACAGAGGAUCGAGUGUGGUCCAUUGCUAUCAGCCCAUUAUUAAGCUCAUUUGUGACGGGGACAGCCUGCUGUGGACACACCUCGCCCCUGAGAAUCUGGGACCUUGAGAGUGGUCAGCUGUUGACCUGUUUGGGGACUGACUUCCACCGUGGAGCUGGAGUCCUUGACGUCUUCUACGAAACACCCUCCCUUCUCCUUUCUUGUGGGUAUGACACCUACAUCCGCUACUGGGACAUACGGACCAGCACCAGGAAGUGUGUCCAGGAGUGGGAAGAGCCCCAUGACAGUGCCCUGUACUGCAUAAGGAGUGAUAAGAACCAUAUGAUUGCCAGCGGCUCUUCUUACUAUGGCGUGGUGCGCCUCUGGGAUAAGCGGCAGACUCGGUGCCUGCAGAGCUUUCACCUGUCUUCACCCACCAGCAGCCCAGUGUACUGCCUUCGUUUCAGUACCACCCACCUGUACGCUGCCCUGGCAUCAGCCCUGCACGUCCUAGACUUCACAGCCCCAUGAAGAAGGGCACCACAGCUGCUUCUGGUCACCCCAGCUCAGCAGAGUUGACACUUGGCUCAGGGAAUCGCAGGGCAGGAGAGGUGAGAAUGGCCCCCAAGGCUUCUGAAGGGAUUUUUUGCCUGCCAGAAAGCUACAUGGAAAAGUGCACAAAGGGCCAGACUUUCUCAACCUCACCUGCCCAUUAGUGGAAAUAAAGGCCGAUUGUCCUUUCCCCUUUUUAUUUUGUGCAAGGCAGGGUUUGUUUUAUUAACAGUGUUCUUUUUUUCUGUUUUUUUU